AUGCCUUUAAAAUGUAAGUUUACAAGAUACUUAAGACUUGUGAAUACUGCGGCAUUUUUAUUAUACCUGGGAAAGUUUGUCAAGCUGGGCAACCAAGUGUCGACUAACGGAGGUGUCGUUCAGUCUGAGGAGAGAAAUUCUGGUGAUAGCUACUAUAAUGUCGCUAGUAACGAGAGACCAAAACUUGAAGGAAAGAAAUCUGAUGCCUCUUACUACAAUCAAAAUAAUAGUUCGACGUCAAGUCUGCACAGAAAAAAAAAAGGAUUUGGAAAUAAAAUUAUUGAAAUAAGUAAGCCUACCGAGUUUGAACAUGGAAUUCAUGUGGAGUAUAACACUGAAAGUGGUAAAUUUUUGGGGUUACCUGAUGUAUGGUCUAGUACAGUACCAAGUGAUGAAAUAUUAAAUACAAAAUACAUCAAUCCUAACCUUGUUCCAAGUCCAGGCUCACCCGAUACAACUGAGAUCACUGGUAAAAAUAUCGGCCAACCUUAUAAUUUUAAGCAUAAUAUCCAUGUAGACGUUGACGAGAAUGGUCUUGUGGGUCUUCCUUCAGAUUGGAAAUCUAUGCUUGAAUCAGCUGGUAUAACCGAAGAUGAAGUACGACAACAUCCGGAAGCGUUUCGAAAAGUCAUGCAAUUAAGAAUGGCAGAUGAUCAAAAAAGACUAAAUAAUUCAGUUAUACAUCAACGAUCUGUUUCUCUUGGUUCCCAUAACACACAACAAAAUGUAGAAAGUUUCCGACCAACAUCAACGAUAAAUAAUUUACCACCACGAAAAUCUUCCGUCGUAGUAGGAGUACCACUGGUUAGAAAAUAUUCAAGUCCUUCAACAUAUGGACAAUCAAAUGAAUCAAAUGACAAUUUUAUUGGAUCGAAAUAUAAUAAAAUUCAUUCUCUUCAACGAAAAAGUUCAAGUGGAUCUGUCAAAGUAUAUUCUAAUACAAAUAAACAUGGACAUUCUACUGAUUCUCUUGAUGUAUAUUCGGGACAAAAAAAUUUAAAUACGAUUCCUCAAAGAAAAGGUUCUAAUGGAUCACAAAGAUCAGGAAAAGAAUCGAUUAAUUCUGUAAAUUCGGUUAAUUCUUCUUUAUCUGUAAAUGUUAAUCAUUCUUAUAAGGAUGAAAUAAAUUCUCCAUAUACAAGGAAUCUUGCGACUUCACCAUCUGGUAAAGAUAAUGGAAUUUUAUCACCAUCAAGGACGUUUGCUAAUCCUCCAUCAGCAAAUCCUCCGAGGAAUAAUAUAGUGCCAGUCCCGCCAAGGAGAGGAUCGAAUUUUGCAAUACCAACUCCACCUCUGAGAGAUUCAAUGCAAAGGGAUCGACCUUCAUCUCCUAUACCUCCAUCACGUGAACGACCCUCAUCUCCGAUAUCAUCAUCACGAGGAAGGCCUUCAUCACCUGUCCCAAUACGAGAUCGCGCAACUUCGCCAAUUCCACCACCAAGAGAACAACGAAAAUUGUCAAAUGGAAAUACAAGUUCAUUAAUAUCAACGAAUGAUGAAAUUAUGUCUGCACAGAUACUUAAUGUUUCAAUUUUACCACCAAGAGAUAAGUCUGCAUCACCAAAAUUUAUACCAUCCAGACCCACAUCACCUAAAAUUCCACCACCUCGUAAACUUUCUGGUACACCCAUUACAACACCAUCAAUUUAUAAAGUGGGACCUCAACCACCGCGACCUGAUCGACCUAGUAGUCAAAGAGUAGAAUCUAAUAAUGAUACUAUUAGACCUAAAAAAACCUCGAGUGUUACAUCGAUACCGCCUGCAAUAUGUUUAGAUAGUUCAAUUUCGCCACCCACACAUCCUUAUAGUAUUAAUUCAUCAACAACGGUUCGAAAUUCCAAUGUUCCCGGAACUGUUGUAUGUAAUAAUCAAGACAUUUCCAAUAAACUGGUUUCAGGUCCCGUUUAUUAUAGCCCAGAAAGUUCCAUAGUUAGUACAAAUAGUAUGAAUUCAUCGAGAGAAUCGAUAAAUACUAGUCAAGAACAAAUCAUUUCAGACAAUUCAAUGUUAAAUGAAAAGUUAACUUAUACACAAAAUGUAAAUAAGUCCACAAAUGAUGGAACUUUAAGUAAAAAAUUUAAAUCAAUGGAAUGUAUAGCACAUGGUUUAGAUAUAACACCAAAUUCAUCGGAAAUAAUGGACAAUUCCUCAAAACCUUAUAAGCAUUCGUCACAGAUUAAUAAUGAAAAGACACAAAUGCUAAAGUCUUCAGAAAUAAUACGGAAAUGUUCAUCGCUUUCAGAUAUAAAACGGUCGUCAAAUUUGUCAAAAAAUUAUAAUACGGAAAAUGAGCGACAACAUAUAUCUAAGUUUAUAGUCAAUCCCGAAACCUUACCACAGGAAAUUAAACACCUUGCCGACAUACUGGAAACGGGUGAUCCAAGUAAGAUUUUCACCAAUUUAAAUAUGAUAGCUGAAGGCGAAUCUGGAGACAUAUAUGCAGCAAACAAAGAUAAUUCAGAAAGCGUGGUUGCAAUCAAAAUCAUUCCAUUCACGAGCACUAAUAAACUAGAAAUAAUUAAGAAUGAAUUGUCUAUGAUGAAAAAGAGUAAACAUCCAAAUAUUGUAGAGUGUAUAGGAUGUUAUUAUACAAAUGAUUCCAUAUGGGUUAUAUCACUUGCUGAUUUGAUAUCAUUAUACAAAAAUGACCACAGAAUUAGUGAAUUUCAUAUAGCGCGAGUGGCUCGAGAGAUAUUAAAAGCUCUCACGCGUUUACAUAGUUUAGGUCGUAUUCACAGAGAUGUUCGUAGCGAUAAUGUCUUAUUGAAUGCUAAAGGAGAUAUUAAACUUGCGGACUUCACAUACUCUGUACAAUUGACGGAAAAACAUCCUUAUCGAAAUUCACUCAUAGGUACACCUUUUUGGAUGGCCCCUGAAGUUAUAAAGUGUAAUAACUAUGAUACUAAGGUUGAUAUUUGGAGCCUUGGCAUAUUGUUAAGAGAAAUGGCGGAAGGUAGUCCCCCAUAUAUGGAUGAACAUCCACCAUUAAAGGCCAUAGAACUUAUUGCCCGAUAUGGUGUUCCAGAUCUAUGCAAUCCCGAGAAAUGGUCCGAAACAUUUAAAGAAUUUCUCGCAGAAUGUACAGAAAUUGAUGCUAAAAAACGAAAGGCUGGGGUGGAAUUGCUCAAGCAUCCUUUCCUAAAACAUGUCUCCACAAGUGGAGAGUUUGAACGUAUGAUAAGCGAAUUUCAACAAGGAAUUGAAAAUAUGGAAGACGAAGAAGAGGAUGAGGAGGACGAAUCUACAUUAAUUAUGUCAAAUGAACAAUUAAAUCAACAUUAUGACGAUGCGAACUUUUAUAUUAAUAGUAUAUUAUCAUCUUAA